ACGAGGAAUAAGCUGUAUUUCUCCCGUCUCCAGCUCCCAUAACGCGUUGCCUAACUUCUCUCAGAACAUUGAAUCCUAAUAUUCUCCGUGUGAAUCGGCGUUAUUUCUCCAAUGGCUUCACCUACUCUCAAGCGAUGGCUCAGGCCUGAGGUUUAUCCUUUGUUCGCGGCCGUCGGUGUGGCCGUUGGGAUUUGCGGAAUGCAAUUGGUCCGAAAUAUUUGUACCAAUCCUGAAGUCAGGGUGACCAAGGAAAACCGGGCUGCUGGUGUUUUGGAAAACUUUGCAGAAGGGGAAAAGUAUGCCGAACAUGCUCUUAGGAAGUUUGUCCGAAACAAGUCCCCUGAAAUCAUGCCUACCAUCAACAACUUCUUCACUGAUCCUAAAUACUGAAUUGGUGAAAGUUAUGAUUUUCUGAGAGAAUUGAUUCUUUAAAAUGCAAUUACAUACGACUUGAACCAAUCUUGUAUUGGAUAUACAAGAAAUUCGAAUAAUUGUGACCGUGAUUGGAAAUUCAUUAUGAUGUUUUCAACAUUCAACAUCAUAUUCGUGGAUUACGUAUUUUGAUAUCAUCUGCUGUUUCUUGUU